CCUGCCACUGGGCUUUGUCCACCUGUAUUCAACAAGAAAAUCCUUCAUACAAGAGAAGCUCAGAGUUUGUAGGCAAGGUGGGUUUGUGGAGAAAACUACUAGUGGUCAUGAAAAACAAGAUGCCUCAGCAGGUGUUAUUCAGCUUCUGUGGCGUGUCGGCUGUCAAGGAGAGGAACAACGGUCUGAUUUAGCCAGGGUGCUGGAACACAGUGUGAUGGCAGGAGGGCUGGCCACGUUGCUGGAAGCUCCUGUUUUGGGAUGGAGGGUGCUUUGUGCAUCUGAGGUCCGACAUAACGUUAAGAGAGACUUGCAAAGGCUUAAAUUCACAACUUCUCAGAAUGCGAUUGUUCCACCACCGACUCAGAUCCAUCGGACUGUGAAACUUGAGCAUUCAGACAUAUAUUCUCUCCCUCUGACCAAGCUGGAACCAAGUUUGUCGACCGUAUUAUUGCAUGUGAACCACGUGGGGACGGGGCUGGAGCCAACACACGCAGAGUAUUCAUCUGAAAAGAGCACCAUCUCUGUCAGAGAGGAAUUUUUACCUCAGCCCUCUGGCGCACAGGAUAAUACUUGCACAGAUUCAACCAAGAAGGUUUUCAAGUUUACCACCCAAGGGAGUGCUUUAACGGUGAUAAUGCAUCACCCUGACAUAGAUCCUGAGAUACCCAUUGCUAUAUUAAAGACAAACCGUAUGGAAGAAAUGCAGAUGUUCUCAAAUUCCCUUUUAUCUACCGAGCAGAUAACUUUGUACCCAUACAGCCACGAAAGCACUCUCCUGGAAGUAUCCACUGGCGAGAUUAUUUUGGCAACUUUGCACACAUCUGUCAGUGCUGAGUUUGGGUGCAGUCAUCCAAACUGGCCGUCAGUUCACAGUUCGCAGGAAUACAUCAAGACAGCUGGGCUUUCUGCCUCAGAAAUAAAACCUCAUGGGGAAGCGACUAGCUGCAGUGACUUGUUCACUUGCUCAGAGGCCACAUCAGAUACAUCACUGAGUAUUUCUGAGUAUUUCCAGACCACAGAGUUAUUUCAUUUACCACUUUUUCCUGAAAGUACAUCCACAGUCAGGACUUUUCUUGGAGAACGUUCAGCUGACACUGCUCUCUCAUUGUUCCCAUCAUCCACACUGCACAGUAUUUACCCCCCAUUGCAGCUGACCCCAGACUCUUACAGUGCCCCUUCCACGCUGACACACGAGGCUUUCGACAGAAAUUCGCUCGCCACUCGUCUGACCCUCCGACCCCACCCAAAAGAAACCCCCCUCUGGGCCGGUGCUUACAGAGCCAGCCGCACUGACUCAGAAAGUCAGCCCACAGUGAGCUCACUGGGUGACAUCUGUAACCAAGGGCCCAUUAACGACCUCCACAGUGCCAAACCAACACUCCAUAACCUCCCAUCUGUUUCUCAUCUACCUCUGACAGAGAGUUAUAAUGAUGUCCUGCUACUAAACUCCAGGUUAAAGACAAAACAGUCACUGCAACCAUCAAACAAAAUACCCUCUACUCAGCCGUUUCCAGAUGUGUCACCAACCUCACGUUUAAUGACCGAGCACUUAUCGAUAACUCAGCACUUUGAUACAAUCCAACAUCUGUCCUCAGUUCUGAAUCAGGAUGUAAUGUCUCGGCUAAAUGCAACAAUUAAGGAUGUGUCACCGACCGCAUUAACGGGUGAGAUGGCAGUGUCUGGACAAACCGAAUUGGAGUCUUCGCUCUCAAUGUCCUUGUUGGCGCCUUUAGUGACAACGUUCACACCAGCUUUACCUUCCGAGCUUAAUAUUAUACAUCCAGGGUUUACAGAGUCUCUCAAGGCAUCAGCUGAUACCAGUUUCUUCUCUCAGCAAAAGGAUCUUGAAAGCCCAGUUGUAACAGAGUUAUGUUUUGAUCAGACAAGCUCAGACAUUAUACUGAUGUCCCUACAGCCAACAUCUUGGGCUCUUCAAAUAAGCCUUCCAUUAACUAAAACCCAUCAUAUCAUUUAUGUCCCGUUAUCUAUGUUCAGAGAUCAACCAUCUAUCAAGUCAGCUCAUGAGAGUCUGCAAUUCAUGCCGUCAAUGCUGCUUGGGGAGUCUCAGCAUACAUUUCCCCACAUAUCCUCAGUCAUCAAAAUGACAACAAGCACGUAUUUAAAUCCAGCAGUCCUGACUACAAUUGCACCAAGUCCACAUGUGACCCAUCCAGCUCCUCUUUCAAUGUUUGAGAGCACUAGACCAGUGUCUGAGGACCAUUUUGAUCCAACUGCUCCCUCUGCUGUCCAGGAGCCCUACAUUACAUCCUUCACUUAUCAGAUCCAGAAUCUGGACCCUUCAUUCCCAGCAUAUGGCCAAUCUGUGGCACAGGAUCAUGUAAAUGGUUGUACCCCAGAAAUCAGAAGUACCUACCUCAAGAGCACAGUGGAGCACAUUCUGGACGUUUUGACAAGUUAUUCACAAGAUAAGAAGCAUUGGACUGCUUUUCAAUCACAGUUUGUAAUGUUUGAUUCAAGUGGGCAACUAUUUUCAACCCAGACGUCAAGCCCAACGAUGCAUCUGUCUGACAGUGCGACGACAGAAAUAAACCACAUAACAGCUACUCCACAAAUGGACAUUUCAGUCACUCUUCCUACUCUAGACGGCAGCUUCUCAGCAAUCACAUACACAUCAUUAGCAGAGAGCACAUCUGCCCUCAGUGGCAAUUGUGUCAGUACAGAGAAUUCCUUGUUAACACACCAGACAGACAGCAGUGGGCCGGUCUCGAAAGGACUUCCCACGCAGCAGAUUCUGAGCACAUCUUUGAGUCCAUUCUAUGGGUUGGUAACCACAUUAUUAACAUCCAUACAGGCUGUAGGUCUUUCCUCGUACAGAACACAGAGCUCAGUCCAGCCAACACCUCCCUCAGCUUCCAUCUCAAGCUCCGUGAAUCUCCCACCCAAAGUGUUGCAGUCUAUUCCAGCAUUGACGGCCACUGUUGGCUUUCCCUUCCACUACUCAAUCCCACCUAAAACCUUCCUAGACCCAGAAGAUGGUGAAGCAGAUGCUCUUUCCCUGGAGAUCAGGUUGAUUGACGGCCCUCCCGUCGGCGUUGGUACCUGGUUAGCUCUGGACGGUCUGGAGCUUCAUGGUGUUCCUCUGGAGGUGGACCUACAGUUUGCCCCUCAGCACCUCCUCCUGGCCGCCCGGGACGGACAGGGCCUGAGCACCUGGCUGCCUCUGACCCUGUAUCUCCAUCGUAGCCCUGUCGACCCCUGCCACACUUUCACCCUGACAGCUCAACGCAGUCUUCACUCUAUUCUCCGUCACCGCCACAGGGUGGAAAUGUUGUUGAGAAAACUGUCUCGCUUCUUUAACAGCUCUAGCGCCCACCACCUCUCGGUUGUUUCCAUGAGGCCCGGGUCCACUGUGGUGUCCUGUUUUCUAUUUCUGCAAACGUCGCAGAAGGUCAAGAACGGUCGCCAUUUGGCCUGCAAGCAGGGUGCUCUCAGUUCAAAGCACGGAUCUGAGAGCCAUAAGACCAAGGCGGCCUCCGCUAUUCCAAUCUGA